UGAGCUUCAGCUGUCAUUGCUCCUCAAUCCCCUCGAGGUUGACUGCCGUCUCUUCCAGCAUGGCCCUAAUCACAGGACUGUGUACUUUCUUGUAUCACUUACCUCAGAUUUACAAAUGGUUGCUGAAACCUUAUUAUAUCACUUCGGUCUUCAUGACCGUCGCCUUCUUGGUGGUCCGAAAGGCUCCCGGUCUGUGCGAGCACCUGGCAACCCAGCGGGAGGACGGCAACUCCUGCGACUUUGACUGGAGAGAAGUGGAGAUUCUCAUGUUUCUUAGUGCAAUAGUGAUGAUGAAGAACAGGAGAGCGAUCACCCUGGAGCAGCACAUAGGCAACGUGUUCCUGUUCAGUAAAGUGGCCAACGUCAUGCUUUUCUUCAGGCUGGACAUUCGGCUCGGCAUUCUUUACCUCGCUUUAUGUGUCGCAUUCGUCAUGACCUGUAAGCCACCUCUCUACAUGGGCCCCGAGUACAUCAAGUACUUCAGUGACAAGACCAUGGAUGAGGAGCUGCAGAGAGACAGUCGUGUCACCUGGAUUGUUGAGUUCUACGCCAACUGGUCCUCUGACUGUCAGUCUUUUGCAUCCAUUUUCGCCGACCUCUCUCUCAAGUACAACUGUCCUGGACUCAGGUUUGGAAAGGUGGACAUUGGACGCUAUGGAGAGGUUUCAGAGAGGUACAGGGUUAGUACUUCUCCUCUGACCAAGCAGCUGCCCUCACUGGUGCUUUUCCAAGAAGGGCGGGAAGUUAUGAGACGUCCAAUGGUGGACAAUAAAGGGAGAGCUGUGUCUUGGACCUUCAGUGAGGAGAACAUUAUCCGAGAGUUUAACCUCAACGAGCUCUUCCAAAAAUCCAAGAAGCUGAACAAAAGCUGCGCUUUGAAUGAAGAGGAGCAGAACAGCACUCAGCCAGAGGAGGGCAGCAACAAGCUCCCUUCAGAAACCAACGACCUGAAGCUGCCCACGGAAAGCAAGAAAGAUCAGUGAUCUUCGGAUGAUUCAGAGAGCGGCUGCAAGAACUCUUUAAUGUUCUUCAGAUAUUGUCAUGCCUUACAUCAUUGCCAAAGCCUAGAAUGUUAUGGGUCAGAGAGGAUAAUAUGUUCAACCACUACUCAAUGUCAUGUCUACUUUAAGUCGUUAUUCUAAGUCUUUUUGUAGUUUGAAUGCAGCUAUGCAAUAGAUAAAAAUGUUUGGGUGACAUUUUAUUACUUAAGUUAUUUGUGAACAAAUGCCUUUUUUGUAAUUGUUUUUUGGCUACUUUCAGCAACAUCACUCUGUUUUAACUUUUGCUGCCUUUGUUUUGCCACUAGUGUUUACUGAUGUCUGUUUCAAAACCAAAAUAAAAAGGUGAGAGGUGAAACUGAA